AUGAGUGUGUUUGGACUGGGACGACAGGGACGAGUGCUGGUUGCUCAAUUAGGAGAUACAGAACGAAACCGCUGGAUAGCAGGCUCAAGUAGUUUAUUGAAAGACAACAAGAUUUACCUCAUUGAUUACGACGAAGACCAAGAUGAAAUCACACAUGCUGCCUAUGCUCAUCCAGAUGAGAUUCUCAGUAUUUCGCCCGCACCAACCAAGGCCGACUUGUUUUUUUCAUGUUCCUGUAAAAUUGAAGAAAAUAUCCCAAUUCUAUCUACAACGUUAUGGCGUUUUUCUCAAAUCGAUUCGGAUGAGUCGGGUCAAUUAAAACAAAAUGGGUCCAACGUGCUUGAAGAAGUCACCAAAUUAAUACCAGACGGAGGCCAAUCUGACAUUCACCAGUUGAGUUUUUAUAUGGAUGGCUAUUUGAAAGUAAACCACACGUUGAUUAUGUUUGCUAAUUUCUAUUUUAAAAUGCAGACUUUAUCAACUGUAAUUGCGAUUCCCAUGGAUGCCGAAUCCUGCAUUGGGUGCGCAGCGUGGGAUCCUCAUCACACAUCUCAAAUCUCAGUUGCAAUUGGGCGUAACAUCAUUGGCUGGAAUAUUUCCACUAACAGUGAAUGUUUUCGAAUAGAUCUUGCACAUGAACUGCCAAUGAGAGCUUUGGAUUACAAUCCAAAUAAGCCAUACCAUAUUGUAUCUGGUAGUGAUGAUUGCACCAUUCGAAUUUGGGAUACACGAAACACCAGCACGUAUCUUAAAAAUAUUACUGACCAUUCUCACUGGGUAUGGUCGGUGUCGUUUAAUCGAUCGCACGAUCAACUACUACUUUCAUCUAGCUCGGACUGUCAAGUCAAUUUAGACUCGGUUGUCUCUGUAUCAUCAGUAUUUUUUUAUGAUAAAAAUAGAUUUCUGUCGAACUCUCUGGUUUGGUUGAUUAGCAAAGCAACAGAUGGAUUGAUUGCAUCGUUUGAUCAGCAUGAGGAGGCAGUAUAUUCUGCUUCUUGGAGUGCAGCAGAUCCGUGGAUAUUUGCUUCACUUUCGUUUGAUGGAAGAGUGGUUGUAAAUCAAGUUCCAAGAGAAGAAAAGUAUAGAAUUAUGGAUUGUUGA